UUGAAGGCUUCUAAUUAAGGAGAAAUUUUUUAGUUUAGAGAUCAAUUUAUAUAUGUAGAGAGAGGACAAGAAUGGGCACCAAGAUGAAGGGCCUUUUGAAAGGCCUACGAUACAUUACUCAAAUAUUCGAUGAGGAAAAAGAACAAGAGAUACAGAUUGGUUAUCCAACAGAUGUAAAGCAUGUGGCUCAUAUAGGACAGGAUGGACCAUCUGUAGAUUCACCAAGCUGGAUGAAGGGUUUCGAAUCAGGUGAAGAAUUACAAUCAGCACCAUCAAGUGUCAAGGGGCAAUCUAAGGAGAAUUCAAAAAUCAAUUGUGUUUCUCAAGACAAAUCUUCAAUAGCAGGGUCCUCAAGUCAACAGCCAUCCACCAAACCAAGACAAUCAAAGAGAAACUCAUCGGGUAGUUCUAGAGGGACCCGACAACCAAAUGGUUCGGGUCUUGGGUCGGAUGCACCAUUGCAAAGCCUACCAGAUAUCCCCAAGAAAUCAAUAAGAAAGAAAUCAAAGGAAUUAGUGGGUGGAGAGGGGUCAACGAGAUCAUCAUCAAGAUCAAAAGUCAUUCCUCCUCCUACUCCAUAUACAUCUCCAUUCUCGGAUCCUGGACCAGAUACCAAGUCCAAACCCGGAUCCAACAAUAGUGAGCUUACUUACACAUCAAGUAUGAGGCCUCUUGUAAAAGGAGACAAGGAAUGUAAUGGGAUUUCUUGAAGAGUUAUUGUAGCUAUAUAUAGAUUUGGUUAGUUGGGAACAGAGCCAUUCCUUUUAUUUUUUUUGUUGGAAUCUUAUAUACAUAUAUGCCAUAUCU